AUGCGCAAGAACGUCGCCGUGCGACGGCCACGUGUAAACGUUGGUUCCGCUAGACGCCGCUCGGGGCUGGAAGCCCAAAGCGCGGCGAAGAACGUGUCGACGCCGAUCGCUAGUGCGGUAGGGUUGCGCGAACGCACCGGAGCUGUUGGAUCGCUGAUCGUCGCAGUAGGUCCGGACCUAGGAGAAUCUACACGCCGUUCAAGAACGCCUGCAAGCAGUUGCUGGUACCAGAUUAGUAGGGCGAUAUACGACAUGCUGGGCGCGUGCUCGUCGAACAAACCGGCCGACUCGGCGGAGGAGCGCGCGAAAAACAUCUUCGCCAAGAUGGACGAAAAUAACGACGGCCAGCUGACGCAGGACGAGUUCCUGAAGGGUUGCCUGCAGGACGAGGAGCUGUCCAAAAUGUUGGCACCUUAAGCUUAAUGAAAAAAAAACACAAAAAAAAAACUCUCUAAUAGAUAUUAUUAGAAAGGUUAGAUGGGAGUGUAAGAAGGGAGAGAUAGAGAGAGAGAGUUGGAGAGGGGGGAAUUUAACGUGAAUGACAGUUGUUUGUAGGACCCGAAAAUGCUGGCGCGAUUUAUUCACACACAAAAAAAGGACCGCGUUAGGUAAGCUAAUUAACGAGAAGAAUGCUAAACUUAAUGACAAUGGAAUGAAAUAAUCGUAAUUUUUCACACAAACGCAAGCAGAAAGAAAGUGGAGAAAGUUGAUCUUUUUUGUUUUUUUUUUGUUACAGUCAAAACAAAGGUAAGCAAAAAAGCACACAUUCAAAAAGAGCGCAAAAUUGCACCACAAACAAAACCAGUAAUUAAAGCAAAAAAACAUCGUUAAACGUAAUUGGGUAUUAAACACAGAUGCAAGUCGUGCACACGCAAAUGUCGAACAAGUUGUGCGAGUGUUGGAAAAAAAAAA